GGGCGCUGGUAUUGCAAGACGAUUGACGGCGAAAAUGUGAAGGAAUGGAAUUGUUUGAAUUUAUUAAGAUAUUUUCAAGAUGCCUAGACACAGGGAGACGAAAAAGGACCGCAAACUUGCUCUGAGUGAGCGAAUGGUCAUAAAUGAUGUAAAAUUGAGUGAUUUUGCCAAUGCCUCAAUGUCCAACCCUAGUGCUCAUCCAAAGAAGGGUGUCUUCAAUGUCCAUUUAGAUUCAAAUAAAAUUAGUAAGGUGUCAAAUCUUGGUAAAGAAGAUUUAAGUUGGUUUGAGAAAGAUCUGGAUGAUUUUGAAAUUAAAACAGAAACUACUGAAGGGGAGACAGAAGACAAUGUAGAAAUAGAAGUAGCGCAACAAACUCCUAGAAAAAAUAGAAAAUCAAGAAAGGGGAAGCAAAUCCAGUUAAGAGAAAAAGAUGGCAUUGAUUAUCCAGUAGAUUUAUGGUAUCAGUUGUCCUACUAUAUAUAUCCAGAAACUGUUUCAGUGUUUGCUCGUCUGUGUAAAUCAACCAGCAGAAUAGUCUCAACAAAUUCUUUCUGGAGAAACUUAUAUACAAGAUUCUAUAUCUCAAAGAUCAAAUUACCCAAAAAAUUACAGCCUGUCUGUAUUGAGAGAAUACAUGGUCUUAAAGCAAAUGUAGUUCGUGCUCUUUAUCAUUUUUAUCCUCCAUUCAUAGAAAGACUCACUCAGACUGUGCCAUUUGAAAGUGAACCACACAGUCUAGUUGGACAAAGAUGCUUACUACUCUGGUAUCAACCAGUUAAAAACUACUGGAAUUUCUGUUUUAAGUUUGUGAAACCUGGUUUUCUUCAUCAAGGCAAAAACACUUUAACAAGUCAACGAGAUAUUAUUGACCAUUAUGAUGAUCUCUCGUACAAUACAGAAGCUGGCUGUACAAUCCUCCAAGUGACGUGCACUCACUUUCUAUCAGUUCCAAUAGUCAUGGGCAUGGUAUUAAACAGAGUAUUUUUGACAGUCAGUGGGCAGGGUAUGCGAUAUCACACACUUCGUUUGAUGUUUGAUUCCCGAUAUCAACAUCAGUCUAUGAAUUCUGGGACAGCUUUAGUUUUAGAUCCAGUGAUAAAUGUACGAGUCAUUCCCUGGUGGGAUCCAAAAUAUCCUUUUACAACCUGAUUUCAUUCUAUAGCUCAGAUACGUAAUUUUUAUCUAAUGAUAAUGUCCAUUGUACCAUGGGUUUUUUUUUAUAGUAAAUUCCUGUGUUUAUUUUUAAUGUACAUGUUUAAAUACAUCAUAUAAUACCAAUGUUUCGGCACGUAUGUAUUCGUAAUUAGAAAAUUGACUACUGUUAAAAUUGUAGGGGUAAUGUUUACUAUUGUUAAAAUUGUAAGAAUAACAUGGGGAAAAUUGAUUAUUGUUUAUAUUUUAGGGAUAAUGGAGAAACAUUGACUGUUGUUAAAAUGUAGGGAUAAUGGGAAAAAUUGUUAGCAAGGUUCCGAUGAAAGUUGUAAUGUUUUAAAGGUCUUGGUCAGAUUUUUGAAUUCUGUAGAAUGUCAGCAUGUAGUUAUUGAAACAUGAAUGAAACAAUCUAAUCCAUCAAAAAAACUCACAAAUAUUAAGACUGAUUUAAAAUUCAAGCCUAAAAUAAAACCAACCCUGUUUGUUGUGUGAAUAGCCAUAUAUAUAUACAAAAAUAUGAUAAUUUGUGGAUUUGAUAUGACCAAUAUCAUGUAAUAUCCGAUUAAUCACAUUGGUGUUGUAGGCAGAAUUAUUGAGGUAACCUAUAAUUAUCAGAUCUAUUUUUAUCCAGUUCCUAUGUAUUAUUACCACUUGAUUUCUUUUUUCUUCAAAAGAUUAGAGUUUGACAUUACAGAUAUUGGCUUAGUGGACUGCUGACUUUAAACAGUGUUGUAUGAUUUGUUAUUUGAUUUUUAUCACCUUUUUCAAGGCUGUAUCUUGAUUUAAUACUGUAUAAUUAUUUAGAUUCUAGUAUUUCGAUUACAAUUUUAUUGGUAUCUCAUUUGUUAUAAGCUAGCAUGCAUAUCAGUCUUUUAUGCUGGUUGUGAAAUUAUUUCUUAUAAGAAAACAUUACACUCAAGUCAAUCCAAUUUUUGUAAAUCUUUUCAACACUAGACCUUGAGCUCAUUCUUAAUACUUGUACAAGUUAUAGCAAAAUCUUCAUUUUUAUACGCCAAAGUGGAUAUGUGGUUGUAUAUUGCUGUCGCCCUCCGCCCGUCCAACAUCACAAUUUCUUGUGAACACUCUACAGGCUACAUUUAUCAUCUGAUUGUUUUAAAAUUGAUAUAUGUUGUUGACUUUAGUGAGAUGAAGAAUCCUAUUUAAUUUCAAUAAUUUCUUCUGUAGUUUUGGCCCCUGUUUCACUUUGUUGCACCUUGUGAAUGCUCUAACGCCAAAAUUUAUCAUCCAAUCUGUAUGAAAUUUGUAUGCAUCAAUUAGUAAAAUGAAGAAGCCUAUUUAAUUUCAGCAAUUUCCGUUUAUUACAUCUGAAGUUAUGGCCCUUGUUUCACUUUGAUGAAUGUUGUGAACACUCCAACAACAAAAGUUAUUAUCCAGAUCUGUAUGAAAUUUAAAUGAAUGAAACAAAGAAGCCUUUUGAAUAUCAGUAAUUUCUUUCAAUUUCAAUUUCUUUCACUUUGAACCUUGUGAACGCUCUAACACCAAAGAGUUGUCAUCCGAUCUGUAUAAAAUUUGUAUGCAUCAUUAAAAUUAGUAAGAUGAAGAAACCGAUUGAAUUUCAGCAAUUUCCUUCAAUUACAUCUCGAGUUAUGGCCCUUGUUUAACCUUGAUGAACUUUGUGAAUGCUCUAAUGACAAAAGUUAUUAUCCGAACUGUGUGAAAUUUAUAUGCAUCAUUUAAAUUUUAAAUGAGUGAAACAAAGAAGUCUAUUGAAUAGACAUUUUUAUUGUGAAACCUCAAACAACGGAAAGUAUAAUCUGAUCUGUAUGAAAUUGUCUUGUUAAUGCCCCUCAUUACCUACAAAAGAAUAAAUAUGCAACAACCCUUGUCAGCCGCUCGAACCAUUUAGCUGCUGUGUGCAUAUGUUUCGUUGCCUGGUAACCUAUUAUUUACAUGAGUGUCUGGAGGAAAAAAAAACCACACCAAAAUAUAGAGUUAAUCCCUUGAAAUAUCUACGUCUGAGGACUAUUCAGCCAAGCAAAAUUUAAUGAAUGCAAUUUCCAAUUCUUUGUACCAACAUUUUAGACUGUUUUGAUAUUGUUAAAUAUGCAGACAGAGACAGAUGCAUAUAAAGCUACAUCUUGAGAAAAUUGUUGUUGUGUUCAAGUUGCAGUGCAAUGUCAUGACUGUCAAAAUAUAGUUGUUUUUAGAAUUGAGGUUUGGCAUUUAUAAAGAUGUUUAAACGACUUCAUUCCAUGUUGUUUUGUUAUAAUAUUUAUUUAUUUUAUAAAGUAUACAAAUAUACUAUUACUUUAUUGAAAUAAACCUAAUUUAAAUAUAUAA